GUCGAAUUCAUCGCUACUCCGGCCACUUUUUAAGUGGUGUGUGCUGAGCCUGUGACAACUGUGAGCGAGUGGAAAGGAUACCCGUGCAAGGACAUCGUUAUGCUGAAGAUUUCCCUGCUGAGCGCCGUGCUCGGCAUAGCCUAUGCGGGUGUGAUCGGACCCGGACCGUACUAUGGCGGUCCUGCUGGUCCCGGACCUCUGCACCAUUAUGGAGGAUAUGCGCCACCCCAUGGCCCCCUUCCCGGCCCUUAUGUGGCGCCCAAGCCGGCUGCUCCCGAACCCUACGAUCCCGAGCCGAAGUACUCCUUCGGAUAUGACAUUCAGGACGGGUAUACUGGGGAUCUUAAGUCCCAGCACGAGACUCGUCACGGCGACGUGGUGAAGGGCAGCUACUCAGUGGUGGACCCGGAUGGAACCAAGCGCACCGUAGACUACACAGCUGAUCCCCAUCACGGAUUUAAUGCAGUGGUUCGCAAGGAGCCGCUGGCCUACAAGGCACCCGCCCACCUGGCACCUGUCAUUGCACCCGCACCAGCUCCGGCUCCGGCUCACCUUCAUUACGCGGGUCCGGCUCCAGCUCCACCACUUCCGCCUGUGCCCAAGGCUCCCCUGCUCUCGUAUCCGUUGGCCUUGGGUCCCCUCCACCGGACCCCUGGUCCCGCUCCUGCUCCUGCUCCAGCCCCAGUGCCUGUUCCGGUGGCUGCACCUGUCCUGCCUUCCGCCCACUUCCAUGCCGCCUAUCCCGCUCUGGCCCACAGUCCUUAUGCCCACUAUCCGGCUCCUGUUCCGGGUCCCGCUCCAGUCGACCCCCAUGCGUACUAUCACCACUGA